GGAAAUAGUAAAUCUAUAUUUGAUCAGCUCGAUUGUAUUUUGCUCUCAGAUUUUACAUGGCAGGAUUGGAAAUAUAAAUGAUUAAACAUCAGUUAAAGAUCGAUUAACUGAUAAAGUUCCUUCCGAAUUCCGAUCAAGUGGUAUUAGUGGAGCAUUUUUGUUGGUUGGCUGUUUCUCUCACGGGCCCGAUUUCGUUGGAAGCAGAUCAGAAACCCAAAUUGUAGUAGCCUAAUGGGCAAUGAGCCCAAUAUUAUUUCCUUUUCGGGUUUGUGAACGGUCAAAACCCCGCCAGAAACUAGAAACCCCGCCAGAAAAAUCAUGAAUGAAGAAAUCCGCCACCACCACCGCCGCUGCCUCCGCCAUCACCACCAUCAAAGCUCUGGCCCAACAAAGACUCCAUUCUCAGGCCCUUAAAGCCUCAACUUCACUACCCAUUCCAAAUCUCAAGCUCACAGAUACCCUUUAUUCACUUUUCAUCAAAUCAGGAUUUGCACUGGACCCUUUCCUUUCUGCCACUCUCAUCUCACAUUCCUCUCUUGCCCUAUCCAGUGCCUCGGAUUUUUUCUCGCGCGCUUUGAACUUUCUGAAUGAAACCCUUCACCCCGAUGUGGUGGUAUUUAACUCUAUCAUCUCUGGUCUGGCUCGGUUUGGCCAAUUUGAGCCUAAACUUAUGGUGUUUAAUGAGUUAAGGCAAAUGGGUCUGAAGCCUGAUCCAUAUAGUUUUAGUUCUCUGAUUAAAGGGUGUGAUGAAAUUGUGCAUAAUGAGAUGGCUCAUGGAGUUGCAAUCAAACUGGGGCUUGUUAAAAAUGUGUUCUUGGUAAGUGGGCUUGUGGAGAAUUAUUCGAAAACUGGAUAUUUGACGAGCGCUGAGAAGUGUUUUCGGGAAAACUGGAGUUUGGAUUCCGUGGUUUGGACUUCUAUGAUCAAUGUUUAUGUUAGCAAUGAUAGGUUUGAUGAGGGUAAGGAUGUUUUGAGGGAAAUGAGAGAAUUGGGUAUUCAUUUGAAUGAGUUUGCUUUAACUAUCUUGGUUGGUGGAGUUGGCCAGGUGAAAGAGGGCCAACAAAUUCAUGGUUUUAGUCUGAAGAUUGGGUUUUUAAAUGGAUGUUCCAUUUGUUUGAACAAUGCCAUUAUGAGUAUGUACGGCAGAAUAGGGUAUAAAAAUGAUGCAAUCAGAGUGUUUGAAGAAAAUCCUGAACCGGAUGUUGUGUCGUGGGCUGAGAGGAUUGGGGUGGCUUAUGAUGGUAUGGAUGCGUGGGGAGUGUUCCAGUUCUGUGUUUCAAGAAACUUAGAAGUGAAUGAAUAUACCAUAAUCAAUCUGCUAUCAAAGUUUGAAGGAUCAAGAAUGCUGAAGCUGGGAAAACAGGUUCAUCUUUAUAGCUACAAGAAUGGUUAUCUAUCUUCGGUUCCUGUUUCAAAUGCCUUAAUUUCAAUGUAUGGGAAUGUUUGUGAUGUUGAUGGAGCUGAACGUGUGUUUGGCGAGAUGAUUGCUCUAGAUUCUGUUUCUUGGAAUGCGUUAAUUACCGGGUACGCAGAUAAUGGACUCACCAGCAAAGUUGUUUCUCUGUUCUCACAAAUGCGUACACUUGCUUUAGAACCUAAUGAAUAUACUUUGGCCAGCUUACUUGAUACUGUUUCUGGCUCAAACUCUUUGGCAUUGGCAAUGCAAGUCCAUUCCUUUCUAAUCAAAUGGGGAAAAUUAUCAUAUAGUUCCAUGUUAUCUUGUCUGUUGAUUGCAUAUGGGAACUGCGGUGGAAUUCACUACUCCAAGAGGUUGUUUGAUGAGACUGAUAAUGGGGAUCUGAAACAUUGGCAUGCUAUGAUUUGUGCUUUGGGACAUGCUGGUAGACACAGAGAUAUUUUUCAGUUGUUCCAAGAAAGAUGGAGCUCAUCCUCGGAGGUUGACAUUUUGGCUGUCAGCAUAGCUCUCAAAGCUUGUGGAGUUCUGACUGAACUGGAACAUGGUAGAAUGACUCAUUCUUUGGCACUCAAGUCUGGUAUUCAUGUGGACUACUUUGUAGAAAGUGCAAUCAUUGAUGUGUACUGCAAGUGUGGAAGCUUAAUUGAUGCAGAGAUGGCCUUUGGGUCUACAAGUAGAGACAACAUAGCUGCUUGGAAUGCGAUGAUGAUGGGUUAUGCACAAUGUGGCUUCUAUCAUGAAGUUUUUUUUCUUUUCAGGCAUAUGUGUGAAUCUUGUCUUCAUCCUGAUGAGAUUACUUAUCUCGCAAUUCUUAGCUCAUGUUGCCAUGCCGGUUUAGUUAAUGAAGCUCUUUAUCAUUUGAAUUCUAUGCUCGACCUACACAAAGUGACGCCGCAGCUAGAGCACUAUGCUUGUGUGAUUGAUUUGCUUGGUCGAGUGGGACAUCUAGAAGAGGCAAUGAGCAUCAUUGACCAUAUGCCGAUUCAACCUGAUGCUCAGAUAUGGCAAAUUCUUUUGUCAGCUUGUAGUAUCCACAAUAAUAUCGAUGUAGGAAAAGUUGUCGCAAGAAAACUUCAAGAGCUGCAGCCUGAGAACAACUCUGGAUUUGUUCUCCUCUCAAAUCUUUAUGCUUCAGCUGGCAAAUAUAAUGCAGCUAGAGAUUUGAGGUUGGAAAUGAAGGAAAAAGUGGUUUCUAAGGAGCCAGGCUACAGUUGGAUUCAAGUAGCAUGAUUUCGUCUGUUUUUUGUUGAUUUCAUCUCAUUGCAAUGUCAAAAAAGUGCAGAUGUCCAGGAUACGUGUGGAACUCCAAAGAAUUAGAACUUGAAGGUUGCUUGCUACUUCUUGUAGUGGUAUAGGGUGAGUUGUGUUUUCAAGUUUUAAUGUUCAUAAAUAUCGUCUUACGUCGCAUACUGCAAAGAGAAGUUUUCAAGACAUAGUGAACAACUUGUUCAGUACAUAUGAUGUUGAGUUCUUGCAAAACCCCAAAGCUAAUUUUUUCAUUCCAAUUGUCAUUUGUCCCUUCAUAUGCAGUUCUGUAGAUAUUAGUGAUACUGAUCAUAGGUGGAAAGAACUUUGUGGUAUUUUUCCGAACUAAAACUAGGGAAGGAGCAAUGUCUGGGUGGUGUAGUUGGUUAUCACGCUAGUCUCACACACUAGAGGUCCCCGGUUCGAACCCGGGCUCAGACAUUUUCCAUUUCAUCUUUUGUUAUUGGCUGUGUUUGUUGUUGUGGACUGAUGCCAAUAGAAUAAGACAUUCCUUUUUAUGUUAGUGAAAUAACGAAGAUGGAUGAGACAAUGGAAAUGUUCAUUCAGGAAUAUUCAACAGUUGCACAAAAUUGAUCUACUGAAAACUGCAAUUGCAACAGAUGGAAAACUACUAGACAUGUUAGUUAAAAACCACAGAGCAACCACAUAGUUUUACAUUGCCUUCAUCUCAUGCUUUCCUCAUCCUUUCGUUUAAUUUCCCUUCAGAAUGGUGGUGGUGAUGCAAUGAGGCCCUUGACAGCAUUGUAGCAAUGGAAUGCAGAGCAUUUGCUGCGAUUCUGGAUUUUAUCUGACCCCUUCUGGGUAAAACUGGCCUAGUACCCCUGAAACUUGUCAUCGCUGCUGCAGAAACUGUGCCGAAAUGGUGAUUCAUCUUGCGGGAGUAUUUUCAAUUUUGAAGAUGAACAGGUAUGUGAUUCUCCUUUUUGCAGAUCUUGGGGAGGGAAAAACAGUGGUUGGAUUUGGUUGUUGGUGGUUAUGUUUGAGGGGGGGUUUUAUAUAGGGGGAGAAAAGCCAAUGAUUUGCGGCGGCGGGUGCUGGGAAAGAGUUUUAUCCACAAAGGUAGUAGUAAUUGGGGUGGCAUUGCCAGCGAGAUUAUAUGGCUGGCAAAAAGAUUCUUUGAGCCCUCAACUUGCAACAUAAUCAAAUGACUAGAUAUAAUAAUUAAAAAAAAAGGGUUGGAUUUGUUGGAUUUGUUCACUGCUUCUUGAAUGAAUGAAAAUUGAAAAUUGAUGAUCAGACCCACCAAAAUCUUCUUUCCCUGUUUGUCGCGGAUUUGGACCCUUUUUUCUUCUUUGACUUUUGAAACCUAGUAACAACUAACACAUGUGAUCUGGAGUCUUGGACUUAACAAAAUGAAAUUUUUGCAUUCUUCAAACAUAGUAUCAGUAUUAGUACUACGUAAAAAUUGUUCUCUAUUUUGAACUACUUUGGGACAAUCCUCUGCUCCUCUUUAUGAGUCAUUAACAUUUGAUCGAGUUUCGUAAGUCGGGAUUUCGUUUUCAUGGGUUAACAUUUGAUCCAACUCUCGAAUUUGAAGAGGGUCAUAAGUCAUGACCGAUUAGUUUUAACUUUAAACACACUUUUGCCCGUAACGAAUUGGUUUUGAAAUGGUCAUUAACAGAUACAAAAGAUUUAUUCUGGAUUACCUAGUAAUCCCAGUAGGUGGGGGAGACUUGAUCAUUAGAUUAAUAAGAUGAUGAUAGAACCUUUUGAAUUGUGGUCAGAUUUGGUUGCCUCCGGUUUUGUAAAAUCUGCCAGCUAUGUGGUUUUGUAGAUUCAAAUGCUAGGGGAAAGAUUACAACAUCAAUGACGGAAACAGCAGCUUAAUUGUUUAUCUUUUUGGUAGUAUUGUAUAGUAGUAGUACUCCAAUAGUAAGCAUCUUUUGUUCAAUGGUGGUAUGCAUUUUUUUCGGGAAAUGACAACAAUCAGCUGUCCUCAACCAUUAAAGAAACAAACAAAAAGAAAAAAAAAAGCAGCCUUGUUUUGCACUUACUCCACUUUUGUUUCUCUCUAAAAUUAUUGGCAUAGUCCAAGUCGAGUCAAGUAGCUCGCUCCUUCCCAACAUACAGAACGAUACUACUUAAAAAAUGGAUGGCACUAUAGCACUGACGUCAGGCGUUACGACAUUGUAGAAAACUUACAGUGGUAAAACAGUAAGAAAGACCUGUAAUCCCAUACCCUUCUUUCCUGUU